UGCAAUGAAAGUACUAACACGCUAAAAGGAGUGCAGGACAUGUUUCACCCGAAAACAGACAUGUGCGGUAUAGUUCUGGAGCUGCUGAUCCUGGUAUCUCUCAGCUGUCAGUCAAGUGCUGAAGAUGUUUCCUGCCUAGAACAUCAGAGGGCCUUCCGCGGCUCCUGCUAUGAGUUUGUGGGUCACCGGCACUCUUUUGCCAGUGCUCAAGCCUGGUGUGAGGAGGGCGGAGGACACCUUGCAUUCAUUCAAGAUGAAGACACUCAAUAUUUCCUCCAGAAGCACCUGGACCCUGAGAAGGACAUGUGGAUCGGAGUAGCACGUGUUUCCUCUCUGAACUUGCAGUAUUCUGCCACGGCUGAAGGUGCUCUCUCUUGGCUGGAUGAUUCACAUAUCACCUUUUCAAACUGGGCAAGCAGCCCACAGCCUGGAGCGGCUUGUGGACACAUAUUAAAGCACUCAGGCUUCCAGUGGGAAACCACGAGAGACUGCAACAAAAAGCUGAGCUUUAUGUGCCAGUUUGAGUCUAGAAGAACCAUUGUGUGUGCAGAUCGGAACACUGCUCUGCAUUGUAGUUCUGGCCAAAUGUUAAUGAUAGACGGCGGCUUCUACGGUCGCAAGAACCUUUAUUAUUGUCAAUCGACAACCUCCAUGCCAACAACAUCCAUACAGCAGUGUGGCUGGGAGAAUGUUGUAGAAUCACUAGCAGCCCACUGUCAUGGCCGUCAGGUUUGCCAGAUUGCUGAAGUUGUGAACUCCUUUGAACCCUGUCCUCGGCUUGGGAGUUACCUGUCAGUGGAUUACCACUGUGAAGAUGGGUUCACACUGACAAUGAACACUGUGGCCGCUGUUUUUACUGACAUCACCAUCAGCAUUAAGUGGCUCUUAAAACCAUCAUGGGGAAAACCUCUGUGCAGGCUGAGCACCGGAGAUGGCCAUGUUUUUCAUGUGGACAGUCCACUAGGGUUGGAGAGCAGUGUGAUGCACAGAUACACUUCUCCAAGCACAUGUGUUGUGGCAGUCGAAUGCACCAGCGAUGACGUACACAUCACAGCACAGAAAAUAAUUACCAUCCUCGAGCCUGUCACAGACAUUAGUGUCACCAAGUGUUACGCUGGAAUACAGAUGUUCCAUGCAACCAACUGCAAAGCCCUGUAUGGAGGAGCAUUUCAAAUUCAAAUGGAAGUAAAAAUAGGUUCAAAUAUAAGCUACAGAAUCCAGAGUGAUGAAACGGUGUUCUCUGGUUUCUUUGUGUUCAAUGGAAACGUUUCUCAUAACAUCACCGUGACUCCAGAGAUGGUGAAGCAGCUCAGGCCUGGCUGCCACCAACUCACAAUUUAUGCAUCUAACAUGGUCACGCUCCCUGAAGUGUCCACGGACCUGCAGGUGUGUAUUUUGGAAGAAGUAGCUGGGCUCCAGGCGUCGGUGUUGACAGAUGGGGAUCACUGUCUUCAUUCUUCAGAUAUUGCUGUUGGCGUUUCCCUCGAUCACGGAGCGCCUGUGCUGCUCCUCUUCUCUCUGACAGGAGACAACCAAGAAUCAUUCUAUGAGACCCGAGAGAUGAAUGCAAGGAAAGAAAUGUUUCAUAUAGACCACACAAUUCAAGGAACUGUACAAGUGAAACUCAGUGCGAAGAAUAUCUUCUCUUCUCUGGAAGUGGAUAUGUUUUCUUCCUGUGACGACUCAGUCAUUAAACCAAAUGGUCACAAAGACCACGGGCUGAGCUUCAACAUGGGGCCGGCUGAGACAAAAAGCUGCUACGAAAAUUCAGAGAAAAGGCCACUUAUACGGAAGCAGCAUGGUGGGACUGAAUACACAGUGGCCUAUGACAUGCUUGCUAGGGCCAAGAUUUUGGGUCAGGAUGUCACUGUGGUAGUGACUCAUGGGAAUGAGGAUGUUUUCACAAAAUACACCAUAUGGACAAGAAAUUCUCCCGCGACACCAGCUGCCACUAUUACGACAGCCACAGUUGGAGACACCACAGCUGCUCCUGCUACUACAGUCCCCAGCCUGAUCAGUGCCUCUACAAGCAGUGCUGUGACCAGCACUGCCACUACCAUCAGUGCCACCAUGAGUGCUGCCACCGCAAUCAGUGCCACCACGAGCACUGCCCCUAUGAUCAGUGCCACCACGAGCACUGCCACUGCAAACGUGGCUACAACCAGCACUGCCCCUAUGAUCAGUAAGCAUCUGCGUUGCAGCAAUUACAAGGACGUGGCAUUGGUCUUCCUUCCUCUUGGAGACAGCAGUUCCAACUAUAAUCUGAAUAUCACAGCAAUUGCGAAAAAUGACAGCUUUGUCGUUAGCACUACUAUAACAGCACAGGUAAUGGAUUUAGCAGGAGACUCUGGCGCUUCGGUAGAUGAUCUUAAGUCAACACUGGAGAAUGCUGUGGCACAGCUGAAGGAGCAAGGUCUACUGUCAGGAGAGACCUUAGGACAAAUCAUCAGUUCUGUGUCCGACAAACUGAGCAGUCAAUCUGAUGAAUCAGAGAAAGCUGCCAGGAAAGAGCUUCGGAAUCAGAUGCUGCACAUAUUGAUUGACGCGGUUAAGGGGGUUCCCAUCAACACUCCAGAAGAGGUUCAAGUGGUUGCCAGAGGUCUGACUGCUGUCAGCGCCAAAGAAGUCAGCUCCACUGCUCAGGAGGAAGCCUCUUUAUUACUUGUGAACCUCAGCUCGUCUCUCCUCCACUUGGAUGUGAACAAAAGUGAAUCAAGCAAGAAAGAAAUGCACAGUGCAGCCAGCACCAUUGUGGAAGGAGCAAGCAAUAUCCUGGACCACUCUUCCAAUAUGCUGAGUUUGGAUAAAAAUCCAUUUUCCUGGAACAAGGGAGGAAACAUCAGCGGCCAAAUUGCUUCUCUAUCCCUCACAGCAAAAAAUGGCUCUCUUAUCCGUGUAGAGAAUUUAAGUGAGGACAUUGAGAUUCUGCUGCCAAGGCCUGUUGGAGGGCAGGUGAAUACCUCAGUUCUGGACCUGGGAAACUACAGCACUACAAUCAUUGACAUCCCUUCAGCUGACAGUACGCUGGUGAUAAAGAUGGUGCCUUCAAAUGAUCCUUUACCCUUCAAGCUGCUCCUUGGCUAUAUGAGCUACCCCACUGAAGCUAAUUAUGUUGCAAUGACAGAGAUGCCUCAACAGGGAAGGACACAAGAGGAGAGGUACACUUGGCUUGUAGACUCAAAGAAUCUCAAGAUGAAAACUGGAGUGCACUUUCUUGUAGUGAAGCCUAUUGUAGGACCAGGGAUAAAAUCCAUCAAUGCCACUUUGUCAAUCAUCUCCAUCUCUGCUGCGUGUAAAUUUUGGAAUGAAUCAAUGCUGCAGUGGAGCAGUAAAGGAUGCAGGGUCGGUGCACAGACCACACAUUUAGUCACCCAGUGCUUCUGCAACCACCUAACCUUCUUUGGGAGCUCCUUCUUCGUCACCCCCAACCUCGUCGACCCUUCACGCUCCGCUGAGCUGUUCGGGACCUUCGCUGAGAACCCCGUGGUCGUGUGCUUUGUGGGUGCGCUCUUUGUGACUUAUCUCUUGGUGGUUGUGUGGGCACGACGAAAAGACAUCCAAGAUAUGGCCAAGGUGAAGGUGUCAGUGCUAGAGGACAAUGACCCCAUGGACGAGUAUCGCUACCUGUUAUGUGUCAGCACUGGGCAUCGGAGAGGAGCCUCUACUUCCUCUCAGAUAACUCUAACUCUGCUGGGUGCUGAUGGACACAGUGAGCCACACCACCUGACAGACCCAAAGAAGUGUGUGUUUGAGAGGGGUGCAGUGGAUAUGUUCCUGCUAAUGACACCCUUCUCACUGGGAGACCUGCAGGGUGUCAGGCUGUGGCACAACAACUCAGGGAGCCAUCCUGCAUGGUAUGUAAGCCAUGUCAUGGUGCAGGACGUACAGACGGACCAGAAAUGGCAUUUUCUCUGUAACUCCUGGCUGGCCAUAGACAUGGGAGAUUGUUCCCUUGAUAAAGUUUUCCCUGUCUCCACUGAGACAGAUUUGAAGAGUUUCAGUAAUUUAUUCUUCAUGAAGACAACAAGGGGUUUAAGUGAUGGACACCUCUGGUACUCUGUGAUCAGCCGACCGCCGAGCAGCACCUUCACUUGUGUGCAGAGAGUGUCCUGCUGUUUCUCCCUGCUGCUCUGCACCAUGCUGACAAGUAUUAUGUUUUAUGGUGUCCCAACAGACCCGUCUGAGCAGACCAUGGACCUGGGUCACUUUGAGUUUACGUGGCAACAGUUCAUGAUUGGAGUUCAGAGUUCACUCAUCAUGUUUCCAGUGAACAUCCUCAUUGUUAGUCUCUUCAGAAACACUCGUCCUCGUGAGACGUCGUGCAUCAGACGCCAACCAGAAAAACCAGAUGCCUGUUCCUCACAGACGGCCUCCCCCGACACGAAUGUCAACAUCACUUUGGACACUAUCACCAAGACCAUGAAAAGCAACAUCCCAACCACAGGGCCAGAGUUUGGGCCUGGACAACAAGCUGACAUCAAUGCUCUCCUUUCUGUGGUGGAGGAUCACGUCAGACAGAAUUAUAAAACUGGUGACAGUGCAGAGACAACGACAGAGAUUGUUCCCUACCUCGCUCAGCCCCAGGAACAAGAUUCAGAAAGCGGUGCUAGUGUGCAUCCUGAGAUAGAUGUGGGGGGCGUUCAGAAGAGCAACAGAACCCUGUAUCUGUACAGACAGAUGUGCCACAUCGACAGAAAGCUGAGCCUGCUGGGAACGUCCGGCUUCCCAAGCCCACACAGUUACAGCCAGGCUCUGCAGCAGGUCCAGGACAUGAAGGUCUCCCUUGAAGAUCAGCUCCUCACAUCCAGCAGCGUCAACAGCACUAAUGAUGAUGGUCAGAAGAAAAAGGGCUGCUGUCAUGGAGGGCUGCCCUGGUGGUUCAUUUUUGUCACCUGGCUGCUUGUGGUCGCUACCAGUUUCGUAGCAGGAUAUUUCACGAUGCUUUAUGGUUUGAAAUUUGGGAAGGAGCGUUCCAUCAGCUGGUUGGUGUCAAUGAUUGUGUCCUUUUUUCAGAGCAUCCUCAUCACUCAGCCACUUAAGGUGCUGUGUCUUGCAGCCUUCUUUGCACUUGUCAUAAAGAAAGUUGAUGAGGAAGAUUUUCAAAAUGUGGCAUUUGACUCAAAAGCAGGUGACAGUAAGGACCAACAGAUAGUCAGACAGGACAGGAAUCUGUAUGAGCCGCCACCUCCUGGAGAUGUUGAGAGGAUGAAAAGGAUCAAGAUAAUUGAGCAGAAAGCCUUUGCCCUCCUCAGAGAGAUUUUCAUCUACACAGGCUUCAUGUGGAUGUUGCUGCUGGUGGCGUACGGCCAGAGGGAUCCCAAUGCCUUUUUCCUAAACCAGCACAUCAGGAAGAGCUUCAGUCCAGACAUCUCAAACAGCAUGAGUCUCAGGGACGUGUUCACUUGGGCCAACACGUCUCUGCUCAGUAACCUUUUUGGAGUUUAUCCAGGAUUCAUCACAGAUGGAAACUCUAAGCUGGUCGGUAAUGCCCGUCUUCGUCAACUGAGAGUGCAGAAGAACUCCUGUCAGAUCGCAGGCUCCAUGAUGAAUCUUGUGCUGGACUGUCAGGCACCAUAUUCAUGGGAGGUGGAGGACAUGGGCUCCUAUGACUCUGGUUGGAACCAGUCUGUGGGUGAUAAUAACACUCUCAGCCCCUCCAGCCCCUGGACGUACCAGACACAGGCUCAGCUCAGGGCCUACCCUGUGUGGGGCAGAAUGGUGCUCUACAGGGGAGGUGGCUUUGUAGCGGUGCUUGGCCCUGAUUUAAAAAAUGCCAGCAGAACCAUUGAGUAUCUUUUCAGGAACAAAUGGCUGGAUAUGUACACACAGGCUUUGUUUGUAGAGUUCACCAUUUAUAAUGCUAAUGUCAACCUCUUCUGCAUCGUUACUCUCUUGCUGGAGACCACAGCUGUUGGGGCAUUUCAGUUCCACAGCAAGCUGCAGAGUGUCCGUCUCUACCAGUCAACUGGGAGUCUUCACAUCUUCGUCAUGGCUGCAGAGAUCAUAUACUUGCUUUUCAUCGUCUAUUACAUGUUCGUGCAGGGCAAAUUAAUGAAGCAACAGCGGUGGGCUUACUUCAGCAGCAAGUGGAACCUCCUGGAGUUGUCCAUCAUCUUAUUGAGCUUGAGCGCCUUGGCUGUUUUCAUCUGGAGGACCCUGCUCAGAGACCGUGAUAUGACCUACUACCAAAACCACAAAGACCAAUUUGCCAGUUUUUAUGAGACGGCCUCCGCUGACUCCGUGCUUCAGUAUCUCAUCGCCUUCCUGGUCCUGCUCACCACUGUCAAACUGUGGCACCUGCUCAGACUCAACCCCAAGAUGCACAUGAUCACAGCCACGCUGCAGCGAGCCUGGGGCGACAUAUCUGGCUUCCUUGUGAUCAUUGUGAUCAUGUUCAUUGCAUAUUCUAUCGCUUGCAAUGUGAUUUAUGGCUGGAAGAUCUCCUCUUAUAAAACUCUGGCGGACGCUCUCCUCACCAUCAUCAGCUUGCAGAUGGGCAUUUUUAACUAUGGAGAGGUUUUGGAUUACACCCCUGUGCUUGGUGGACUGCUCAUUGGUUCCUGUAUCGUGUUCAUGACAUUUGUGGUGCUCAAUCUACUCAUUUCAGUCAUCCUCGUGGCAUUUCAACAAGAGCAGAUCAACCACAAGCCCUCAGAGGAGAAGGAGAUUGUCGACGUGAUGCUGAAGAAAAUUUACAGUUUUUUUGGGAUCAGAUGUAAAGAUACGAAAGACUCCCUGGAGCCUGGCGUGAAUGACAGCACUGGCCUGACCCUCAACAACAGAAGAAAUAUCCUUAACAUCUCUCAGACAUCUGACAAAUCAACAGAUGACAAACCCGUAAUGUAA